AUGACGGAAAAUGUUUCAGAAUACGAGACCAAACGGCUCCGACGUAUUGCUGAGAACCGCCAAAAGUUACACGAGCUGAAUAUUUUCACGUUAGGUACAAAUUUAUCUGCCAUGACCAAGCAGAAGAAAAGAAAACGAGAACAAUCGAUGGAACAAUCGAUGGAACCCACGAGAAAGUCGCCCCGGGAACGCAAAAAGCAAAAAAUGGAAAAACAACAACGUAAAAUGGAAAAACGCAACGAAAUUGAGGCAAAAGAGCGUAAAAAACUGGAAAAACGCAACAAAAUUGAGGCAAAACAGCGUAAAAAACUGGAAAAACAACAAAAAGUUGAAGCAAAAGAGCGUAAAAGAAUGGAAAAGGAAAAACGAAAAUUGAAAAAAGAGAAGAAACUUGAGCAGAAGUUGAAAAAAGAGCUUCAGGCAAAGAAAAGAGAGCUUAAAGCAAAGAACAAAGAGCUUAAAGCGAAGAAACAAGAGCGUAGUGAAAAGAAAAAAGAGCAGAUCAAAGAACAAGAACCGAAGUUUUUGGAUUGGAGGCUGAGGAGAAAGUUACAGGCUCGAGGAGAAAGAAAAUUGGCGACAUUGAAGAAGAGAGUGGAGCAGAAGGCAUUGAGAUUGAAAGAAAAUUCAAAGCUCGAGAAGAUUAAAUUGAAGGAACGAAAAUUAAGAAAGAAGCAAAAAGAAAAAGAAAAACUCGAGAGGAUCGUGCAAAAGGAAUUGGAAUUGCAGCGGAGAAUGGAGGAAGGUGAAUAUAUGAGACAGGAAGAUCGAUUGGCACGACAAGUGGCCAAAGAGAUGGUCUACAAUGAAAAAAACAAGAAACGACAAGAGAAUAAAGCUAUGGUGAAUGGAUGGAUAGAAGAAAUUGUAACUGAGGAGCAAAAGCUGGCGCGUCAGAAGGAAGACGAACUGAGAAAAGUGAUUUAUCCAAUCCAGAAGAUUGAUUUGCCACUUGUGCACAUAUCUGAUCCGAUCGAUUCUUUCAAAACAAAGCCGGUGGUAUUGAGUCCAUUCUUGAAUGUAGACGUGAACCCUUUCCAUGCGUUUUCACUUGGAAAACAGUUUUUACCUCCAGGAAAGAAAUCUGUGAUGCAAGGUCUAUGCCCAGGAGGAUUCACGACAACAUUUCAAGACCAUGUUGACAUUCACGUUUGGAAAAAUGCAAUGACAUUGUUUGUCAGUGGCACAACAGGAUUGUUUUACGAAUAUAUGUUUGAAGAAGCAACGCAUCAUGGAAAAAAUUACGUUUUUUUUCGAUGGACUCGCACUCAAGCUGUCACACCGUAUAUUUUGUCACGUAUGUGUCAGGUACAAAAAGGUGAAGAGAUCUUGCAGUUGAACAAGAGGUAUUCUGACGUUCCCAUACCGACUCAGAAACCAGAAUCUCUCCUACUUUUUGUCCAGUAUCCCAAGGGACCUUAUAUCUAUUGUGGACGACUUGGCUAUCUCGGUCAUCAAGUCAAUCCGCUUGAAUUAUCGUUUCAGCUACUUGAUAUUAAUGCACUAAACUGGAGACGAAUCCACACAAUGCUAAUAUCCUGCUAA